UGCAUGAUGCCCGCCCCCAUGUCAUCGCCGCAUCCAUCCAAGUCCAGUCCAGCGCCGCGAAUAUCAUAUGCCGCCCGGAGCCGAACAUGGACUUUCGUACCCUUUCGGCUAGCGACUUCGACCCAAAGACGCGCGGCCUGAGAAACCGCCGGUUUGUUGCCAACAGGUCCAGGUCGGGGUGCCGGCCCUGCAAGCUCAAAAAGGUCAAGUGCGACGAGGAGACGCCGCUGUGUCGUAGAUGCCGACGCAACGGCAGACGAUGCGCCUACGAGCCGCAGACGACAAGGUCCGUGACCGCGUCAUCGUCGUCACUUGUAUGCAGUGCAACGACAUGGAGCCCCCGCCCGUCAACACCACAUGCGCCCGUCACUGCUACAUGUACCAUGGAGCGUCCCUUGCCCGGCACCACGGCUGCCACAGGCCAUCAUGGCGCGCCGGCCGUGCGCGUCCUGCAGCACGCCCAGAGGCACUGGCAUGAGAUAUUCCCGAUGCCUUACCAGGGCGAAAUCAUGGAGCUCUUCAGGUCCGACAACCCCCUGGUCCGCACCACCAUCCUGGCCGUCGCCGCCUGCCACCUGCGGACGGUCGCGCCGGCGGCUCGCGAGCACCAAGUCGCCGAGAACCUGCAGCUCUACCUCGCCUUGCGGUCCUACCGCGGCGCGCUCGACACGCCCCGCGAGCGGCUGGGCCUCACGGGCGUCAACACGCUCCUCGUCACGGCCACGCUCCUCAACAUGGCCGCGUUUGCGUUGCCGAGCGCCGAGGUGGCGGCAGCGGCGGCGGCCGAACAUGAAGACGACGACGACGACGACGACGACGACGACGACGACGACGUCAACAGCCCGGACCACCCUGCGUCGUCCUGGGUCUUCAGCACGCGCGAGGACCGGCUGGGCUGGCUUGCCCUGCAGGCCGGCCUCCGACCGCUCCUCAUGGCCAUGGCGCCGUAUCAGCCGCAGAUUGCAGACUACCUCGGGUCUGUGUUUCUCGGCGUCGAGCGGUCCAGCGUGCGCAUCCGCAGGCUCAGGCAGCUGCUGAGCGACGUACCGAGCCACUGGGUUGACGCGUUCGGCCUGCAGGGGGUGUCUGACAUCUCUGACUGCGAGUCCGUCGAGGCAUACCGCGUGCCGGCUACCGUCCUGGCCAACCUCCGCAACGUCGAGCCGGUUCUCCACAACGCCUUCCUCUACCUCAUGUUCAUGGGAAAGACGCACGGGGGGUUCCGCACGCUGCUCAUGCGCAGGGACGACCGCGCGCUCUGGCUGGUCGGGUUCUGGCUCGGGCUCAUGUGUCGCUUCGAGGGCCUCUGGUGGUCCCGGCAGCGGGCGACAAGAGACUACAGGGCAGUUUGUACGUGGCUGGACCAAAGGAAGCUCACCAAGGGCAAAGGCGAUGCGGGACAUGUCUGGAAACGUCUAAUGAAGGAUUUGCAUGAGGUUUCCGAGCGUCCGUCUGGUGUUUGCGAUAGCGAGAUUGGAGCAUUAUGAAGUACAAAGCACAAAACUGUAUAGACUCGAAUCAUGUACAUGUAAGCAGACUGAAGUCCUUGCAUUAAUUCGGUCUAUUUUGUAUAUUAGUCUUAGUAAGACCAUACCAAGAGAGCGACGAGCAACGUUUUACAGGCC